CUGUUCUAUCUCUCUGGGCAGCUAGGACGGCCAUUGCUCAUCCCCUCUCGGACGUGAGCUCAGCCUCUGAUGGCAAUGUUAAACAAAUCUUUGCCCGUGAUGAUAACCUAAAGUGUGGUGACCACCAAUACAGCAAUCGGGAUGUUUCGGAUGCUAGUACACCAGCAGUUGAUUACGUUAUGGGAAAUGGCCAGCGUAUAAAGGGAAGCAAUAAUCGGAAAUACCCCAAACCUUUUCACAACUACGACAACGAAGUUGAUAUGUCAAGGACAAUGUGUGCCGAAUCUGAGGCUGUCAUGCAUGAGUUCCCUAUUCUCCGAAAUGGCAAGGUAUUCAGCAAAGGGAUGGAUCCUGCUGCCGAUCGGAUCAUUGUUGGUUCUAUGGAUAAUGGAGAUGGACCAAAGAUCUGGUCAAUUUGCGGUCUUAUUACACAUGAAGGUGCAGAUAAAAAUAAAUUUGUCAACUGCUCCUGAUUAGAUGUCAUGUACAGUUACUGGUUUGUGCUGUAAUGUGUACUGGGGGCACUAUAGUGAUAAAACUUUGUUCUCAGCGCUUGAUAUUU